AUGCAGGCGCAGAAGUUUCAAGCAGGACUUCAGCCAAGGGUCCGUAGUCAAGUAGCUUGCCUAACAAUAGAGAAUUAUCAAGAGUUGGUAAAUGUGGCUGCGAUAGCAGAGGCUGAGCAGAGAGGUCUAGCAAUCCAGAUCAAUUCCGAACGAAAGAGGACCAUGCCAUUUGCUGCAAGCGGUAGUGCCGAGAAGAAAAGGUCUUUUUCCAGCCCAGCGAAAGGCAAGGGAAUAGUGACAGGAGGACAUAUGCCAUCUGCUUAUCCGUUAUGCCCUAAGUGUGGAAAGCGUCAUCCUGGAGAAUGUCGUAGUGGUUAUGGAGUUUGUUAUCGAUGCGGGAACCCAGGACAUUUGAUCAGAGAUUGUCCCAACACUGCACAAGGUAGUGGAGCUGGUGAUCAUAAACCAAGGCCCCACAUCCCAGCACGCGUGUAUGCUGUAACCCCAGGUGAUAUCGAUGCUGACGCAUCAGAGGUUGAGGAAGCUGGCGUCAUCACUGGAAACGUCAAUCUGUUAAGGUUCACAGCUUGUGCGCUAUUUGAUUUGGGCGCGUCGCAGUCCUUUGUGUCUGCAGCGUUUGCACGAAUUUGUAGUUUGCAAACUGAGCUAUUACCUCGACGGGUUGUAGUGUUAAUUCAUGAUGGGAAUAGGGUAGCUUGUACCCGUUUAGUUAAGGAUUGUCCUGUAGAGCUAGAUGGAAGGACGUUGAAGGCUGACCUACUAGUAUUCGGUCAGAUGGAGUUUGACCUAAUUUUGGGUAUGGACUGGCUAUUCAAGCACUAUGCUAAGAUAGAUUGUCGAAAGUACGUGGGAGCAUCAGUUAAGGCCACCCCACUACUGAUUUCGGCUUUACAAGCUAGGAAGUGUAUUGAGGAUGGAGCCUCAGCUUUUCUGUUGAUGAUUGUGGAGAAGACAGAUGGGAGUGAAGAAAUCCGUGGGAUACCAGUAGUUGAAGACUUUCCUGAAGUUUUUGUCAAUGAACUACCUGGUCUACUACCGGAUAGAGAAACUGAGUUCAAGAUAGAGUUGGAACCGGCAACAACUCCGACUCACAAGGCCCCGUAUCGUAUGGCCCCUGCCGAAUUAAAAGAGCUCAAAGUGCAGUUGGAAGAACUUUUAGAGAAGGGUUUUAUCCGCCCUAGUUCCUCCCCGUGGGGAGCACCUGUGCUAUUCGUGAAGAAGAAAGAUGGAUCUAUGAGGAUGUGCAUAGACUAUAGGGAGCUGAACAAGGUGACGAUCAAGAAUAAGCAUCUGUUACCCAGGAUCGACGAUUUGUUGGAUCAGUUACAAGGAGCGUCCGUGUUUUCGAAGAUCGACCUGCGAUCCGGUUAUCAUCAGCUGAAAGUUCAGGAACAGGAUGUGCCGAAAACUGCCUUUAGGACAAGGUACGGCCACUACGAGUUUUUGGUAAUGCCUUUUGGGUUAACCAAUGCUCCAGCUGCAUUCAUGGACAUGAUGAACAGAAUAUUCAGACCUUAUCUGGAUAGUUUUGUUGUCGUAUUCAUUGAUGACAUCCUAAUUUACUCGAAGAGCAAGGAGGAGCAUAGAAAACAUCUAAUUAUGGCCUUGACUAUACUCAAGGACCAAAACCUAUAUGCCAACCUUAGCAAGUGUGAGUUCUGGCUUGAUGAAGUGAAGUUUUUAGGUCACGUGAUCUCUAGUGAAGGAGUAGCAGUGGACCCAAGCAAGAUUGAAGCAGUAACAAACUGGCAGAGACCGACUAGUGUGCAUGAGAUUCGAAGUUUAUUAGGACUGGCUGGUUAUUAUAGAAGGUUUGUUGAAGGAUUUUCUAGUUUGUCUAGACCACUCACGGCAUUGACUAAGAAGAACGUGAAGUUUGUUUGGAACAAUAAGUGCGAGGCAAGUUUUCUUGAGUUGAAGAAAAGACUUACGACCGCACCGGUACUUACACUGCCGGAGCCUCUUAAGCCUUUUGUAGUGUAUAGUGAUGCAUCUAAAGCAGGACUAGGAUGUGUGCUGAUGCAAGAAGGGAGAGUAGUUGCUUAUGCUUCACGUCAACUGAAGAAUCAUGAGCAGAAUUAUCCUACGCAUGAUUUGGAAUUAGCUGCAGUGGUUUUUGCUCUUAAGAUUUGGAGACACUACUUGUAUGGCGAAAAGUGUGAAGUUUUCACAGAUCACAAAAGCCUCCAAUAUCUGUUCGAGCAGAAGAACCUUAAUAUGAGGCAGAGAAGAUGGUUGGAAUUAAUCAGCGAUUAUCAGUGCAACAUCAAGUACCACCUCGGAAAGGCCAAUGUGGUAGCUGAUGCUUUGAGUCGCAAGAGCAGAGCGGAUUCAUCUAUCUUGUCGUCAGAAGUAAAUUCACUCUUAUGCAGUAUGAGGAAACUGUUGAUCGAGAAUCGUAGUCGGGAAGUAGUUCUGACCACCGUUCAAGAGUUCAUUCCAUUGGAUUGGGAAGAACUGAAAGACCGUCAGAAGAAAGAUAGUAAGCUUGCAGAAGUCAUCGGGAAAAUUGAGAAGUCGGAAGGACCGAAGGACUUUAGCAUCAGAGAAGAUGGAACUUGUGGCGCCCACGACCCCCGUGGCUCUGUGUCAAAACGUCAAAACGUGGCCUUAGAAAUAGCCGCAGUAUUUACCAGUACUGGAUACAAUAAUAAGGGUCUGUGUGAUUCUUCCAUAAUGAAUUUGGUCAUGCGUUUUGCAGUCGAAGCCCUUAAACAAAUAGCCGAAGAGCUGAGGAAGAAGGACUGGACUUUCGAUGAAGAUCCAUAUUGCAUCAAUGGCACAAUUACUACUUGGGAAAAACUGACGUCGGGGCGGCCAACAACUACUAAUUACGACAAUUCUAUAAAAUGCGAUUGUAAAUUCCCUGGUGGUGUUUGUCACGUGGUUAAACUACAUCUUAAAGGGCAUGAUCUUUCUGGUGUGCUUCCAACAUCCCUUGUGAAGCUGCCUCACAUAACGACGAUUGAUUUGACUCAAAACUAUCUUACUGGUACAAUUCCAUCCGAAUGGACUUCUCUAAAGUUGGAAAUUCUGUCCACUUCUGUAAACAAGUUAUCGGGAAGAAUUCCAAGCUACCUGGGAAAAAUUACCACUCUUAGACAUUUGAGCAUAGAGAACAAUUGGUUUUCUGGAACAGUUCCCCCUGAGAUUGGGAAGUUGGUGAACUUGGAGAAACUUAUCCUCAACGCUAACUUCCUCACUGGAGAGUUGCCAGUCGAUCUCACUUAUCUCACAAACUUAACUGAACUUAGGAUUAGCAGUAACAACUUCACUGGAAGAAUACCUGAUUUUUUCAAUAGUUGGAAAAAGCUUCAGAAAUUAGAGAUCCAAGCUAGCGGUCUCACAGGGCCCAUUCCUCAAAGCAUUUCUGUCUUGAGUAAUUUAACUGAGCUAAGAAUUAGUGACUUAAUUGGUGAGGGUUCAAUAUUUCCGAACUUAACUAGCAUGACAAACAUGAAUAGAUUGAUGUUAAGGAGCUGCAAUCUCUCGGGACAAAUUCCGGGAUACAUAUCAAAAGAAAUGCCAAAUCUCCAAACUUUAGAUCUGAGCUUCAAUAGAUUGGAAGGAAAUGUUCCAGAGUUUGAUGAUAGAGCAAAGUUGCAGCACCUGUAUGUGUUGAUUCAAAAUCUAGCUAUAUUUCGGAGAAGUUUUUAUGAUGUUUGGUCCUAUAUAUCCUUAAUUCCUAAAUUAAAAGGAUGUUGUUUGUGUGUAGACUGGAAUUCAGUGCAUAUAAAUUGCGGUGGAAACGAAGUCAGUAUUGGAAACAUUGAAUACGAAGCAGAUCUAGAUGCAUCAGGUGCGGCAAGAUUUUAUUGCGCCGGAGAGAAUUGGGGAUUCAGUUCCACUGGAAAUUUCUGGGAUGUUAAUGCCAGCUCGAUUGCAUACAUAGCAAAUAAUGCGUCAAUACUCGGAAUGAACAGCCCUGACUUGUACACAAGCGCACGACUCUCUCCUCUUUCUCUCACGUAUUAUGCGCGUUGCUUGGCAAAUGGAAAAUAUACCGUCACGCUACACUUUGCAGAGAUAAUAAUAAGAGGAAACAAAUCAUUUUGCAGUCUUGGAAGACGGAUUUUUGAUGUUUAUAUCCAGGGAAAACUGGAGUUGAAGGAUUUUGAUAUUGAAGAUACUGCAGGAGGGGUUGACAAACCUUUAGUUAAGAAAGUUAACGCAGUUGUGAGUAACAAAGUCUUACAUAUCCGCUUUCAUUGGGCUGGCAAAGGGACAACAAAUGCCCCAACAAGAGGAACAUAUGGUCCUCUCAUAUCGGCUAUCUCUAUAGAAAAUGAUAAUCCCCCUGAUAAUGGCAAAAUUACCACUAUAUUCAUUGUGGCUGGAGCUUUAGUAUCGGUGCUAUUACUCAUUCUAGGCAUUCUUUGGUGGAAAGGCUGCAUAGGAAACAGGAUUUCAAGGGAAAAAGAUUUGAAAGGAUUAGAUUUGCAAACAGGUUUUUUCACUUAUAGGCAAAUCAAAGCUGCCACUAACAACUUUGAUGCUUCAAACAUGAUUGGGGAAGGUGGUUUUGGAUCUGUAUACAAGGGUAUACUAUUAGAUGGUACUAUAAUUGCAGUUAAGAAACUUUCUUCAAAAUCAAGUCAAGGAAAUCGUGAGUUUGUGAAUGAAAUAGGCAUGAUAUCUACUUUACAGCACCCGAAUGUUGUUAGAUUGUAUGGAGGUUGUGCUGAAGGAAAUCAACUCUUCUUGGUAUAUGAAUACAUGGAAAAUAAUAGCCUGGCUCGUCCUUUGUUUGGUCCAGAGAGAUACCAAUUAAAAUUGGACUGGCCUACACGGCAAAAAAUAUGCGUCGGCAUUGCAAGAGGCUUGGCUUUCUUGCAUGAGGAAUCAACACUGAGAAUUGUUUACAGAGACAUUAAAACUACAAAUGUGCUAUUGGAUUCGAAUCUUAAUCCAAAGAUUUCGGACUUUGGUUUGGCAAAGCUUGAUGAAGAGGAAAAAACCCAUAUCAGCACCCGAGUUGCUGGAACCAUAGGAUACAUGGCACUAGAUUAUGCAUUAUGGGGUAUUUUAACAUAUAAAGCAGAUGUCUACAGUUUUGGGAUUGUCGCAUUGGAAAUUGUUGUAGGGAAGAGCAACAUGAAAUUUCAACCAAAUGAAAGUUAUGUAUGUCUUCUUGAUUGGGCUCUUGUUCUACAACAAAAGGGUAAUCUAGUGGAGCUGGUGGAUCCAAAGUUAGGCUCUGAGUUUAAAAUGGAGGAAGCAAUUAGAAUGAUCAAAGUAGCUUUACUAUGUACAAAUCCAUCUCCAGCUCUUAGACCCACAAUGUCUGCAAUAGUAAGCAUGCUCGAAGGCCAAACAACUGUUGAUGACGUUAUUAUGGAUCCAAGCUUAUAUGGAGACGAAUACAAGUUUAGAGCUUUAAGAGAGCAGCUCGUUCAAGGCCAGCAAGAAUCGAUGGGUUCAAUUGGAGUUGAGAGUCGUAUUCGUUCAUCAAAUGCAACAUUGACCGGAACUUCUUCUUCUACAUCAACCCAGAAUCUUUAUGAUCCAAGGAGAUUCGGGAAUGAUCAUGUUGAGUUGGCAGACUUUUCAUUGAUAGCAUUGGACUACCUCUAGAAAACUGUUUAGUGCAAAUAUGGCAAGAAAAUGUGAAGAUUCCUCAGAUUGGGGCAAUAUUGCGCACGCGUUUGUAUUUGGCCAUAACUUUAAUUACGAGUAUCAAAAUCGCACAUAUGACCCCAAUAUGGAAAGUUUCUUUCGGCGUGCAUUGUGGUUACCAACUACGCUUGGUGGUUCCCAUUUUGACCAUUAAUAAGUCGUUUUCCCUUUUGAAUCUUUGAUUUAAGUUAUUUUUUUCCUUUUAUGAUAAUGUUUUACUAUCACUUUUGGAAAUGACUCUUGCUCUCGUUUGGGCCAGAUAUUUUACAAGAUACUUAUUUUAUUAUGUAUUUUCCUUCUUUGCAUUAAUUGGGAGUUUUUCCC